GCUUGCUCCACCGGCAAGUGGCGUUUUCUCUCGUGCCCAGCUUGAAGCACCAGUCCUCCAGGGCCACUCACAGCCUUCUCCGCUGAGCCCUAAGGUAUGGGCGAAUCAGACCUCAGCAUGGCGCCAUGUUACCAGCUUUCUUGACUUGAUUGAUUACAUCUUCUGCUUGUUGAGAGCUGUGAGAUUCUGUACGCGACGAGCGACGAUUGCACGCCGCUGACGAAGGGGAGGCGCCCCGAUCCGCGUACGAGCGACGAUUGCAAGUCGCUGACGGCGGGGAUCAGACGCGAUGUGGCCUCUGAGGCGGCCGAGCAAAGAGCGAUGCAGUAAAUAAAAUGAAGUAAGAAACACAGAGAUCUCGUGAUUGCCAAGAGUAGCAGUUGGCAGAGGGAGGGGGAUGUCCGUGAGGACCGGAACGCGGGAAGAUCCUUUUCUUUCCGUCUUUUUGGGCGGGAAAGGAGGAGGAGAUUUGUGCGUACUUCGCGCAGCAGUACGGGUGUGUUUUCGAGCAGGAAGGCGUGGUGGUCGGCAAGGCGACUGAAGAGGUUUGUGGCUUUCUGAGAAGAAGAACCCCAUAAUGAGAGGUGUGCAAGGGUAGGCCUUUUGCCCGUGGGGAGCGGGCGGGGGAGCGGGAGGGGGUGUGCGCGCCGCUGAGCACGGACGUCGUGGAACGUAAAGAAGCAGAGACGUCGCCCUUUGUCAAGAAUAAGCGGCCACGCACUUCCCGGUUGUGCUUCCCAGCCGGAUUGCGCAGUGACCCUACUUCCCAUUCUUCGGUGUUGGAAAGAGGAGAGAGGAGGAGAGAGAAGAGGAGGGAGGGGAGAAGAGAGAAAGGAACGAAGAAGACAAGGUAUAGGGCAGCUGGUAGCGAGAGGGAUUGGGAGAGGCGAAGACCCUUGAAUUUUUUCCCCUGGCAGAGGAAAAGCGCAAACAAGCACAGAAAGGGCCGCAGCGCCUUUUCCUCUGUCCGUCCGUGAUGUUGCGCCAUUUUUGACCGAUCAUUCUUUCUUGUCCAUCCAUUCUGGCAGCGGCAGCCCUACGAGCACUCACCUCUCUCGCCUGCGCGUUCUUACUGUCUGUCUUGGUGCUCUGUCUACUCCGGUUGGCGUGUAUCGUUAAUCGUUUCUGUGCCACUAUAUUGUCAUCAUUCGGGGGUAAAAGGGGGGCAAGUACAGGGGUGAAUAAGGGGGGCGAGUCCAGGGGUGUAAAAGGGGGGUAAGUGCAGGGGUGUGGACUAUCUGAUUGACGUGGUGGGGGUUGGGAGAGGAGAACACGUGGCGCGAUGAGUGCUUUUCCUGGUGACGCGGCGUCGACGAGCAGAUCCAGCAUUCUGAAAUGGCGGGAAAAACUUGGGCGGCAGUUCCAGUACUACUUAGACAAAUCGACUCCUCAUCCUGCUGCACGAUGGUUAGGAUCUUUGGUCGUGGCUAUUAUUUACUCGACGCGGGUUUACUACCUCAGAGGGUUCUACAUCGUGACGUACGCUCUCGGUAUUUACAUCCUCAACUUGUUAAUAGGUUUCUUGUCUCCUAAACAGGAGCCAGAUGGCGACGGACCAGCGCUGCCCAGCAAAAAUAGCGAUGAGUUCAAGCCUUUUAUCCGACGUCUUCCUGAAUUCAAGUUCUGGUACCAAUUCACGAGGGCCUUCAUUAUUGCGUUCUUCUUGACCUUCUUCUCGCUUUUCGAUGUGCCGGUCUUCUGGCCUAUUCUUCUUGUUUACUGGCUGGUGCUGUUCAUCAGCUCCAUGAAGCGCCAAUUGGCACACAUGAUCAAGCACAGAUACAUUCCAUUCUCCUUUGGGAAGCAGAAGUACUCGGGGAAGGCAAAGGCACCAGGAAGUCCCCCGAAACCUGAUAAGACUGGGUUCCGUGAUUAGGGUGAGCCUAUCAAGAGGUGCUUUUCCAGGGAGUAGGUAAGGGUGGGUUGUAACCGUCAGGAUUUCGGUAUGAGAGCAAGGAGUGUGAGAAAUAGACGUCAUGCGACAUGUUGUCAUUUCCAGCUGAGUGGGCAAAGAAGGUUUGGGCCUGCAAUGGUAGAUGUGAAAGAGGCUAUAUGCUUGCUGUCACACAUAUCCUGGAAUUAGGAAGGUACUAUUCCUUCUAAUCAACGCAGCACAAAGUGAAUGGGGGGUUUGAGCCGUUCUUCUCACUUGCACCCAAGAAUAAUUAGACCCUGCCUCAAAAAUGACGGUCGCAGCAACAUUCCCCUUUUCGGAUUGUCACAGAUAUUGUGAUAGAUGUGACAUCGGAUCCUUUGCUGGAUGGACAUAGUGAGCUGAAUGCUUGCUGUUGCCACUUCAGAUUAUUCUCUUUCCACACUUUGCCAAGGGUGGAGGUGUGUAUGUGUGUGUGUGUGUGUGUGUGUGUGUGUGUGUGUGUGUGAGAGAGAGAGAGAGAGAGAGAGAGAUGUAUUCUUUCGUUCGUGUAGGUCAGCAACACUUCCGGAGGAAGGAGGGUAGUUUUUGUUGCCAUGGAUGGGAACAAGGGCCAAGAGGGGCUCCCAGCGGAAGGGAGAAUGAGAUGAGGGAGGAACUGUUUGCUGUGAAUGGCAUGAGCAAGUGAUGAAGGGUGUGUGGAAAGUGGUUUGCAGUUGAUAUGCCUUGUCUAUCGUUGUUGACACGGUUGUUCUACAUAUGCAAAUUUGGGUCGACUUGGAUGCGCAGUGGAGGGGCGGAGGCAAAGCAGAGUAUUGGGCUAUGUAUGUUGUGCUCUCCAAGGCAGUUUGGAGGGGGGUUGGUGGGUCACUUUUUCAUUUUCUUCUGUAAUGUUUUGACGACUGGUGUCACGUGGGAUGUUUCUAUGUCAAGCUUGCAAGUCUUUGAGUCGGAAAGGGUAUGCCUGUAUGGUGCAUCCCUGUUUAACCGUUGUUAGAGGUGCAGUAGCUAGCAUAGGUCUUGCUUUUGAGUGUUGUAUUAAUUGCGCGCAAGGUGAAGGUCGUCUCGAUCAUUGUGAAUUUGACGCUGAUGGUAGCAAAGUUGAGAAAAGAGUGGUCGUCGAUCUCCGAACCGCACUUGUCUGCAUCAUACGAGGAUUAUGAAUUUGGGAAUUACGACGGUAAUAAGAUGGUUCAAGCAUUCUUCCAUCAAUGAAUGACUCGCACAUGAGAAAGAGUCGGAAGCAGAAACGGUCUGAGAGUGGCAUCUGCCUGGGAGAUCGUAGUGCCUGUGUUGGCCAUGUCAGUGACAAGAUCCACAGGAGAUAUGGUGCUCGGUGACAGAUUCGGAGGAGAGAUGCAAUCCGUGCGAUGAAGGGUUCAAUCAAUCCCUUGUGGUGGCAUCAUGAGGUUGGUUGCUUCUUCAACUUGGAUUGAUCAUUUCGUACGUGGUUUAUACUCUCCCUUAAAAAAAAGGAACAGCUUUUGCUGUGUUUCUUUUUCAUGGUUGUGUUUUGCAGUGAGAGAACAGAGAAUGCUAUGCGUGAGGGUUGCUGCCGGUGCUGCUUUGGGGAAGUUUGUUUUCAAAACUGGCUUGCACUGUGGAGUCUGGCGAUUGUGUUUCAAAAUGGGUCCGUGCUUUGAGUUGGCGUCCUUGAAGCUUCUGCUGCUUUGAGGAAAGCUCGUUCCGGAAAUUGCCUUGGUCUGAGGGUUGUGUUUCGCAAUGGGUCGUGGUCUGAAAGAUUCGGAAAGGCUUUUGUUGGAGGUUUAUAUUUGCAGUUUAUUUGUUUUCUUUGUCUUUGUCUUUGUUUGCGCUUACAUGCACGCAGGCCUGUUCCGGUUCCGGUUUAUUUGUUUUCUUUGUCUUUGUCUUUGUUUGCGCUUACAUGCCCACAGGCCUCUUCCGCGCGAUGUCGGAGGUCUCAGACUGGAACGUCCGGGUUGCAGCGUGCAGAAUUUUGUUGAUUGAGAGUUGUCAUAUCAGGUCCAUUACUGCGUUGAUC